AUGGCGGGCAACGGAGAACCUUCUACUGCUCUUAAAACCAGCAAAUUUACCGGAUAUCACGCUUUUUACAGAAACGUUGCUGUAAGUACAUAUUUCAAUGUUAUAAUGGAUUAUUGUUAUCAUAUAUUUUUAGUUUUAUUUCUACCAAAUAGAUUAUUACGAGUCCAUAGUAAUGAAUGAAUUGAAGUAUGUAAAUUAUUAAGUGUAAAUAAUUUAUACACCACGUGUAUCAAACAUUGACAAAUGCUGCAGUAUGAACAUAAAGAAUACUUCUCAGUAAAGCAGUUAUUUAAUACAUUGUAAUUUGUAUAUAUAUAAGAACUGGGCAAUUUUUACAAUCACUUGAUAAAAGUGGGAACUACAGUAUUAAUAGUCUAUUAUACACUUUUCAACUAUUUUUUAUACUAGGGUAAUAUCAAAGAGAGUUUGCCUGAUGCUGAUUUGGGUGUCAUGAGCAAAACUGCUGCAUUUAUGUGGAAGAAUUGUUCUCAGUAUGUGCGGAAAGUAAGUGUCUGGCAUAUAGGGAAUAUGUGGGCCAUUAAGCCAUUUGAUCGAGUAUGCUUUUGCGGAUUGUCUCAAAAAUGAAAAUAACUCAUGGAUAGGCAUGGUAACCAUAAACCUCUGACUAUGAACUCUGGGCUGGGUUAUACAUGAUCUUUUGUGUUAGUAAUAAACAAGUCAGUCAUAAACAGGAAAAUAAGCAUGUAUUAAUAACAUGCUUUGAUUAACAUAGCAAGCUAUAAAGACAAUGAGGGCGAGGGGGGCUUAUAUUCAGGUGGGGGAUUAUUUGCUUGUUUUAUUUUAACAUUGUUGAAGCAGCAAGAGUGCAAAUGGGGCUCUUAAGAUCCAUGUAAGGCAUUCUCCUGUUUCAAUUAGAUAUACCCGGUACAGCUUGUUGUAGCCAGUUUCUUGGCCAGUAAGAUGUAAAACCUUCAACUCUAUUUCAGAGCUUUAGUAUCCAGUCGGGAUAGUAUCAUUCAUAGUUUGGUAUCCAAAACCAAAUUUUUGGUAUCCUGUGGAUAUCGGGAUACUGCAAAUUUCAGACAGUGAACCACAUAUUCAGCAAACACCAUCUACCGUACAGGCCACUCAAAUCUAUUGAAUUAAUUGAGCACAAGUUCAAAUUUAAUUUUUGUGCAAACCAUUAACUAAAUAGCCGUGUGUAAACAUAUUCGUUAUGACCUAAUGAGGGGCAGCAGCAAAAUAUGCACUAUAGGCCCUCUCGUAAGAACUGAACCUGCGAUUGCAGUGCAGUACUCUGAGCUACAAUGCAUUAGUACCAUAGAUAUCUUACAUACACUAGAUAGCGCAUCUCGUUUAGUAAAAUUGAAGCCAAGAAUAUUCCAGCGGUUACCCCCAUUUGAAUAGAUGGCGGCCAUGUUGGUCGUUCCCACUUGCUAAUAAACGCUUAAAAACAACAAUAACUUUCGUCAUUCGAAUAGUUUAAAAAUGUAUUUGGAAUAGGGUUAACUUAAUGUUUAAGUUCCCUGUUUAAGAAAUAGAAAACAUACGAAUCUUCUCAUUUCAUGGGAACGACCUGAGACUGCAAUCACGGCUUCAAUUUUUGAAUUGCAGAAUAAUUAGAUGCACUAUCUAGUUUAUAUAAUAUAUAUUCAUUCAUUCAUAUAUAAGAUAUCUAUGAUUAGUACAGAGUCCAGUUGUUGAAAACAAUAGCAUGAUGCUGUGACAACAUAAUAUUAUAUGGGUACUAAGCAUCUAGAUUUUUGUACAACUUCUCACUUGAUUGUUGAAGGAUUUUGUGGAUGGAAUUAUUAAAGUGUAAUUUUUGAGUGAAAAUAUCCUUCAACCUCAGUUUGAUUGAGUUAGAUGCACAAAAAUCCAGAUAUUUAGCUAAAUAUCCUACCAAUAUAUGAAUGUUCCAUAAUGUCUUCUCACUCUUUUCAGGAUUGGAAAACUGAAGGACAGAGGGUAAAGGAGGAUGAAGAUUGUGGGAUUGCACAAUAUAUAUGCAAAAAAUGUCACAAGUCUUUCCCAAGAGCAAAGGAUGCAAGUUACCAUGAAAAGUACUGUGAAGAGAGCAUGUGUAACAUAUGCAGCAAGAAAUUCUUGAACCGACUGGCUUUAAAAAGACAUAUGGCUAUUCAUGAAGGAAAGUACAAAUGCCAAACAUGCCAAAAAUCAUUUUCUGGACAAAAUUCACUGAAACGUCAUGUCAAAGUACACACUGGCACACAAAAAAAAAGAAUUUGCCUGUCGUUUGUGUGA